UCGAAUUUCCAAUAGAAAUUGCCGGAAAACUGCCGAAAUCUCGCAAAUUUCCACAGAUUCGAAGAUGGGCAUCGACUUCGACAUCAACGAAUACGUGAAAAGCUUAAAGAAUGCCGAACCUCCGUUCAAAUGUGCCGUCGAUGGAUGCGAAAAGAGUUACAGAUCGCUUUUCGGCUUAAACUAUCACUUGACGACUUACGAUCACGACAAUCCCGAAGCAGCAACCCCGAAUCGCAAAACGAGCAGAAAACGUCCAACGGGAACACCGAAAAUCGACACAGGCGGAUCGCAAAAGGAAGCAAUUACCUUCGACGAAGCGCUGCGAGUCAUUCAUUUCAAUAUCGACGGGAAAACAAUCAAAUUGCACGAAGAUGCGGAAGUGCCGUGCAUCUCAAUGGACGAAUAUACGGAGAUGAUGGCACGCGGCGAAUGCGAAUUGAAGAGUAUUAACCCGCCGCCGGAGCCGGAAGUGAAGUUGCCCGAAGCAAAAUUCAAAAAAAUCACAGAUUACAACAUUUGCGAUGCGCCGCCGCGACCAAAUGCGUACAUUCGGUACAUCGAAAAGUCCCUCGAGGAGCUGGAUGGCGAAGUUGAGUACGACGUCGAUGAGGAAGACACGACUUGGUUGCAAGUUAUCAACGAGAAACGCGAAGAAAUGGAUUUGGCGCCCGUCACAGUCGACAAUUUGGAGUUGCUGAUGGAUCGUUUGGAGAAAGAAUCGUUUUUUCAGGCAGCUGCGAACGGGCAAAGUGGCGCCGUAGUUGACGAUGAUGCCGUUUGUUGCAUUUGCAUGGAUGGGGAGUGUCAGAAUACGAAUGUUAUCCUGUUUUGCGACAUGUGCAACUUGGCAGUGCAUCAAGAUUGCUACGGCGUUCCUUAUAUUCCCGAAGGACAAUGGCUUUGUCGUCGUUGCUUGCAGUCUCCAUCGCGGCCCGUGGAUUGUGUUUUGUGCCCAAAUAGCGGAGGAGCUUUCAAACAAACCGACACAGGGGGAUGGGCUCACGUCGUCUGCGCAUUAUGGAUCCCGGAAGUUCGUUUCGCCAACACGGUCUUUUUGGAGCCCAUUGACUCAAUCGAGAUGAUUCCCCAAGCACGUUGGCGUCUCGUCUGCUACAUUUGCAAACAAAAGGGCAUCGGCGCGUGCAUCCAGUGCAACCGAAAUUCGUGUUACGCCGCAUUUCACGUGACAUGCGCCCAACAAGCCGGAUUAUGUAUGCGCAUGGACACCGUCAAGGGCAACGAAGCGCAUCCCAUUAUCGUACAAAAGACGGCAUUUUGUGACGCUCACACGCCAAGCGAUGCCAACGAAAACGAGACCCCGAAUCCGGAAAAACUCGAAGAAUCUCGUUCGAAAAUGAAGAAAGCGCGAAAAUUGUUGGCGAAAAAGCGACAAAGUGUGCCCGUAAUUUUAAUUCCGACAAUUCCGCCCGAGCGAAUUCACGAAAUUUCGCAAUUGGUCUCGAUUCAGAAGAAAUCUCAGUUUAUUCAGCGACUUGUGGCGUAUUGGAUGUUGAAGAGGCAGUUCAGAAAUGGCGUUCCGUUGCUUCGGAGACUUCAAACGCAGAGUCAAACGCACGGGAGAUCGGGUCUAGAUGGGUCUCCGGAUGCCAAAGAGUUGUAUCAUCAACUGAAAUAUUGGCAAUGUUUGCGACAGGAUCUCGAAAGGGCGCGUUUAUUGUGCGAAUUGGUGCGAAAAAGGGAGAAAUUGAAGCUGGCGUUGAUAAAAACGAAGGAACAGUGUGUCAUGUUGGAGAUAAAUCCGCUCGAAAUUGCCUUGGAUCGCAUUUUAGAUCAACUUGAGGCGAAAGAUCAAACAGAAAUCUUCCUCGAACCCGUCGAUACUGUCGAAGUAGCCGAUUAUCUCGAUGUCAUCAAGGACCCUAUUGACUUGGGAACGAUGCGAAAGAAGUUAAAACAAGGCGAAUACAGCACUUUGGAGGAAUUAGAGGACGAUUUUGAUCUCAUGAUACGAAAUUGCUUGACUUACAACAACAAAGAGACCAUUUUUUAUCGCGCAGGUGUUCGCAUGAAAGACGCUGGCGGCAUAAUUUUCCGUGCAGCACGCAGAGAACUCGAACGCGCCGGCUUAAUUGAAGCUGGAAAGUCCGAAGAUGCCAUCGCAGCAAGUAUUGACAACGAAAUUCGUGAAAUAAUCAAGUCUAAACCUUCGUUCGAGGGAAUUCGCAAACUCGAAAGUCUUCUAACGAGAGUAAAUUCCCUCAAAAAUGGUCAAGCGAAGCAAAAACGGAUUCGAGUUAUCAAAGCUGACAUUGCGAAAAUCAAGAAACAACUUGGAAAAGAGGCUCCGGCAGCAGAAGAGAGCGAUACAGAGAAAAUGGAAACACAAGUGACGCCGAUUAACAGCCCGAAUAAGCAUGGGGGAGCAAAUAGUAGCGUUUCGCCAUCGGGAGUCAAUCGCAGAACGGCAGUAUUAUUCACGCGAAAGGCGCAAAAUCAGAGUUUGAACAAGAAAAUGGAUUCGUCGAUCAAGGAGGAGUUUAAGAUGACGCCAAAUAGCUCGGCGGAAAAGCCAAAAAGUCCGGGAAGGAAGGCGGGAAGACGUAGGGGACCGAAUAAGAAAGGAUCCGAAGCGGAUUUUGAUAAAAAGGGACUUCCGCUUGGUUCGCCCAAAAACCUACCUGACAGUUUCCGCGUUUAUCGCGGGCAACAAGAUCGCGUCAUCCAAUCGGAUUCUGAUGACAGCAUGAGUAUUAGCGGAUCUGAAACUUGCAGUAGUUGCAGCGAUUAUACUGGAUCUGAUAGCGAAUUUGGUUCAAGUUUCGACGACGGGCGAUCCGAUUCAGAAAUGGUCUCAAGCGACAACGAAGAAGAAGCAAACACCGUCAGUUCCGCCAACAAAGACGACGAACCCGAAUUAGAACCUUUGAAGCUUGUUUGGGCAAAAUGUCGCGGAUAUCCAUGGUACCCUGCGUUAAUUAUUGAUCCGACGGUUACGAAAGAUUUUCUUCAUAACGGAGUCCCAUUGCCGGCGCCUCCCACAGAUGUGCUUGCUUUGCGUCGAAAUUAUCCGGAGCCAGUGUUUCUUGUGCUGUUCUUCGACGUGAAACGAACUUGGCAAUGGUUGCCGCCGAACAAGUUGGAAUUGUUGGGAAUUGAAAAGGAAGUCGAUCAAGCCAAAUUAAUGGAAUCGCGAAAGCCAACCGAACGUAAAGCAGUGAAAAAGGCGUAUCAGGAAGCGUUGCACUACCAAUCGCAGGUCUCGUCAAGUCAUCCGCCUGUGGGAAAGCUCUGA